UCACAGUUUGAUAUGAUCACUGAUCAUUAAGUCAAGUAUCGAUUGGAAGUAUAUUUAUGAACUUUGGUUGUUUCCCUGCUCGAUUUAUGAAACUCCGAAAACUGCAGUGCGUCAUAGAUCAGGGUGAUGACAUCACAUACUAGGAAUCAAUAACGCUUCUAUAUCGAUUCAAAAUCGUUUUUAACUUUAAAAACGUGUUUAACAGCAGCUUCUGCGGGUGUUUCUGUUAUUUUGUCCACCCCUGUGCCACACAGUCCAGCCUGUACUGCCCCCUGCUGUCCGUCACAGGAAGUGAUCCUUUUGCAUUUAAACUGGGAGCAAACAAACGUCUGAUUCUUAAAUCAGAGUAAAUGUCAGUGGAGUCUGGUGCAGGGAGCACACUUUAUGUCUGAUGGUUUUACACACCUGCAUCUCCCUGUCGCUCAGUUCGAGGUUCAGGUGGAGGACUGUAUGCUCCAUGGAGACACGUCCCAUCUGGCUUCUCUGCUCUACUAUGAAGGACUGACCAGCAGCACCCUCACCCGGCUGGACCAGCUGGUUACCAAGGAGCUGCGUGAUUCUGGUUUCAGCAGAGCUAUGCUUGUCUUGAAGUCUUUGGGGAUUCUGGCAGAGAACAAAGAAGACCUGCAGAUGCUCAUCGGUCAUGGACUGACUGCUAAAGCAUUGAUGUGGUUUGAAGCGGUCUGUGAACAGCUGACUUCUGACCUUCAGAGAAUCUCCACCCCCCUGCUCAAUCUCACUGAGGAGUUCUUUGACUUCUUCCUGCUGCUUGGCCAAGCUUCUCUUCCAGUGAGUCAGCUGUCAGUAGUUCUUCUGCAGUUGGUUCAUCUGACUCUGGAAACAGAAGUUCACUUCCCAUUGAGACUGGAGGCCAUCAGGACUUUCAACAGCGUGCUGGAGUCUCUGAGCCGAGAACAGAGGCGACUGAUCCAGAAUGACCAGAAUCAAAACCAAAUGCUACCCCAGGUGGCUGCAGCAGUUCUGACAGUUGGAGACUAUGAGCUGCAGGUCAGCCUGUCAGAAGCUCUGUGUCGCAUGACUCCACGCAGAGACCGCAUGCAGAAAGCCAGUCAGUGGUUCUCCAUCCCUGACAUCAGCAUGGCUUUCUGUGACAUCAGAGAUGCUGAUUUUGAGUCGGACUGCAGACGAUUCUUGAAUUUUGUCAACUGCUACCAUGGAAACCAGGGGAGGGUCUACACUAUUCCCUGCCUCCGUGCCUUUCUCAGUUCCACUCAGCUCUUUCGUCCAAAAGAUGAGAAACUAGAUGAGUUCUGGAUAGACUUUAACACGGGCUCAGGAUGUGUCAGCUUCUUCAUUGAUGAGCCUCAGGGUUUCCUUUGGGGAUCCAUUCAUGUGCCGAAGGAGGAGGUGGAUCAUUACAGUCUGCAGGUCAAACAGAAUGAGACGGUCCUCAGUUUCUGGCUGAACAAUCCCAUCAUGCACGACAAUGUCAGAGGCCAGACAGUGGAGCUGACCUUCAACUCCAAACACCACAAAGAACUGGAAGAGGCAGCUGGGAGAGUGUUCAUGAAAGUGCAGAAUACCCCACAUGUCAAAGAUCCAGGCGGUACAGCCCAGGCCUCGACUACAAACAAACAUGACAGACGAACGUAUGGCCAUAAGAAGGCGCCAAGUAAGAGCCAGCUUAAGAUUUUACCUCUGUCAUCUCCGAGCAGUGAAGACGACUCCACUGUAUCCAAGCCUGCAGCCAGAAGUGCAGCGGAGGUCCUGUUUGAUCAAAUCAGACACACGACGUCUGGAUGUCACAGUUUUCAUACUGUCAGCGACGUCACUGUUGAAACUCACCUGCCAGAUGCAAUAGAACCGGUGUCGGAUGACCCUAAAGGGGUGGAGCUACAGGUCUCCCAGGACUUUGAAGAAAGCAGCUUCCCUUUGGAGCAGGAAGUGUUCAGGAAAAGAAAAGCUCCAGACUCAGGUUACCUGUCCGAUCAAACUGAGGGUGAGUUGGUCCACAAAAGAAGGGCAGCGUUUCAACAAGAGGGAGAAGGAUCUAAACCACUGUCGACAGACCGCUCACCUGAAGAGCCGGGGCUGUUAACAGAGGAGGCGGGACCACCUGUGGACAGUGAGACUUGUGAGCUGAGAGCAGUGACAGAGUCAGACCUGAUGUAUGGUAUCACAGCUUCCAUCAAAACCUUCAUAGCACAGCUGGAGGAACACUUCACUGGCCACUGGCAGAAAGUUGAAACUGAAAUUCUUCUUUCGCUAAAGGAGCAACAACAACAUGUGUCCGCCCUGCUCAUGGCUCUACAUCAACACAG